AUGUUAAAUAUUUAUUUAUGGUUGGGAAGUUUGACAUUUGUCUCAUCCCUUGCAGCAAAAAGACCAAAUAUUGUUGUCAUUAUUGCUGAUGAUCUGGGAUGGGAUGAUGUCAGUUUUCAUGGCUCCAAUGAAAUUCCAACGCCUAAUAUUGAUUCCCUUGCUUAUGAUGGAAUCAUUUUAAACAAUUAUUAUGUGUCACCAAUUUGUACACCAACUCGAAGUGCCUUAAUGACUGGACGACAUCCAAUACACACAGGCAUGCAACAUGGAGUCCUUGUUGGCGCAGCUCCAUACGGCUUACCUUUAAAUGAGACUUUAAUGCCUCAGUAUUUCAACAAACUUGGAUAUUCCUCCCACAUCAUUGGAAAGUGGCAUCUUGGUUUCUUCAAAGAUGAAUACACCCCAACAAAACGAGGUUUCCAAUCACACAUUGGAUACUGGCUUGGUGCUGAAGACUAUUUCAAUCAUUUAGCUGAAGCUCAUUACGGAGAGAUUGGAUAUGAUUUUCAUCGCAAUAUGUCUGUAGACAAAGAAGCAUUAGGAAAAUAUUCUACAGAACUCUUUACAGAAGAAGCUGUUAAAUUGAUUCAACACCAUAAUCAGACUCAGCCCUUGUUUUUAUACCUGCCAUACCAAGCUGUACACAGUGGUAAUGAUUAUGAAAGGCUCCAAGCACCACAGAAAUACAUUAACCGAUUUCCAAACAUCAAGCACCAUGGACGGAAAAUCUAUGCAGGGAUGGUUUCUGCCUUGGAUGAUGGAGUGGGAAAAGUCAUAAAAGCCUUGAAGGACACUGGCAUGUACAGCAAUUCAGUUAUUGUCUUUUCAACUGAUAAUGGGGGACCAACUCAUGGCUAUGAUGGAAAUAUGGCUUCCAAUUGGCCUCUCAGAAUAUUUCAGGUGAGCAAAGGUGUUACUACCACCCUACAAUGUGGUGGAGGCUGCAUCACCAACACACCGAAAUUGUCACUCCAUAAAGUGCCCAUCAUCUGA